AUGGCUGCUACUUUUGCUUUUUUUGAAAGAUGUUCGUCCCUACAAAACCUCUUGGAGGGUUCAAGUCAAGAUUCCAUGAGUAAAAAGAUUCAUGCAUCUGUGAAGAAAGACUUGGUAAACAAAUAUGUGAAUAGGCUUCCUAUUGGUAACUGGGUUUUCAUUGAGACAUUUGCUCUUAGCUAUGCAAGUGGUCAAUUCAGACCAACCACACAUCUGUACAAGAUGUCAUUUACCAAUGGAACUAUGGUCUUGGACAGUGACCCUGUUUCUGAUGCUAGCUUCCUUACCUUAACUAAGUUCAAACAAAUCCAAAGUGGUCAAGCUAAUCCGCACAUAUUUGUUGAGGUUAUUGGUCAAAUUGUGAGUUUGGGUGAAUUGGAGGACCUUGAAGCCAAUAAUAAGCCUACCAAAAAACUCAAUUUUGAGCUCCGGGACGAAACCUUACUCAUUUGCAUCAGAGAUGAAAGAAUGUCAUGUACCUUGUGGGGUUCUUUGGCAGAGCACGUUUUUACAUCCUGUCAAGGCUCUGAUGGAAGCAUCAUCACUUGUGUCCUCAGAUUUGUGAAGAUCAAAUCCUACAAGGGUGUAAGGUUUUUGACUAAUUCGUUUGAUGCAUCUCAAGUCCAUGUGAACCCAUUAUUCGAUGAAGUUGAUGUUUUCAGACAAGCGCUGCCCGAUUAUGGCCUCUCUCUCAUAUGUCGUCAGACACAACCAAGGUGGGGGAUGGUUGCUGUUCAAGCUGAAAAUGCAGAAGAUUUUCCUAGGAGAACUAUUGAAGAGUUGAAGAAUUCUGUUGAUAUUGGAAAGGCAAGGAUUCAUUGCACUGUCUACGCCAUUGACACAGACUGGGCUUGGUACUAUAUUAGUUGUCAUUCUUGCAAUAAGAAAGUUGAAAAAGUAAACGAUGGGGAUAAUGGGUUGAUUAACAAAGAAUCAAAACGGAGGUUUUGGUGUUACAAAUGUGAUACUGUCGUCACUAAUAUUGUACCAAGGUACUGGAAAUUAUAG